AUGACCACCCAAUGCAACGAAGACAAGGGUUCGAAAGCACUAUCCAGCUAUGGCAUGGAGCAAGUGGACACGGAGGUUCAGCGCGGCGAGAUCAAGCAUGACCAGGCACGGGAUGUUGAUCCAGCCCUGCAGUUUCUGGCUGCGGAAGAGAUCGAAUAUACCCCAGCGGAGUCCCGCACAGUGUUGUCCAAGAUCGAUCGCGUUCUGAUGCCUUUGCUGUGCUGGGUAUAUUUGAUACAAUUUGCCGACAAAACGUCUUUGAACUAUGCCUCGCUGAUGGGCAUCCGCGAGGACACGCACUUAGAUCCCCAGUCACAGCAAUAUAGCUGGAUCUCGAGCAUUUUCUACGCAGGAUACAUAUUCUGGGAAUUUCCCACCACGUAUCUGCUACGGCGACUUCCCCUAGGAAAAUAUACCUCAUUCAGUAUUCUGGUCUGGGGCGUCGUGCUCCUGUGUCAUGUCGCAGCUCAUAAUUACGCCGGCCUGCUGUGCGUCCGCUUUUUCCUCGGCGCAUUUGAGGCGACAGUAACUCCGGCCUUCGUGCUGUUCACCUCUUGCUGGUAUAAACAGGAGGAGCAGGCCAAGCGCAUGGGUUUCUGGCUCGCUUGCAACGGUGUCGCUCAGAUACUGAUUGCGGCUAUUGCGUAUGGACUGUCCGGGGUGCGGGAAGCUUCCAUUGCUGUGUGGAAGAUACUCUUCCUCGUCCUAGGCUUGCCUACCGUGCUCACCGGCUUGCUCUAUUUUUGGCUCAUGCCCGACAAUCAGAUUCAGGCCAACUUCCUAAGCCAACGCGAGAAAAUCAUUGCGGUUGAUCGUAUCCGAGGCAACUUCCAAGGUAUCGGGAGCCGUACAUGGAAGUGGGCUCAUUUCUUGGAAGCAUUUCGGGAUCCGCGCACUUAUCUGUACGUGCUCUUCUCGCUCUUGAUGAAUAUCCCAAAUGGAGGCAUAACGACUUUUGGCUCCCUCAUUAUCAACUCUUUCGGCUUCUCCAGCCGCAUGUCCCUCAUGCUGAAUAUGCCCAUGGGCCUGGUUGAUAUUGCCUGCAAGCUGGGACUGACAUAUCUUUCGGACAAAUAUCUGGACCGAACCAGCUUUGCUAUUCUCGCUAUCCUGAUCCCGAUGGCUGGUGGCAUCCUGAUGAUUGUUCUUCCCCUUCAUGCAAAAGCUGGCUUGUUGGUGGGUUACUAUUGUAUCGGUGCUGCUGGGACCGCAUGGUGCUUGGUCAUGGUGAUGAUAUCUAAUAAUACGCUGGGCUACACCAAAAAGGCAACGGUGAAUGGUCUGCAAAUAUUGGCCUACGCGGCUGGAAACUGGAUCGGACCGCAGACGUUCCGUUCGAAUCAAGCUCCCGAAUAUUUCGACGGCAAGUUGAUGGUCGCCAUUAUGUACGCGCUCGCAGCGGCUACCUUGCUAGCCAUUCGCCUAGUGAAUAUUGUGGAAAAUAGGAGACGCGACCGGCAGGCCGUUGCCGAUCCCGAUGGCGAGGGCGUUGCUGUUGGCAUGGAGUUCCUCGACUUGACUGAUUUCGAGCAGCCAGCCUUUCGUUAUGUACUGUGA